CACUGCCUCCUUCAAGUGUGUUUUAGCGCUUGUAUAUCCCUAGUCCCUUUAGUGUUUUGCGUUCGAGCGGUGUGCAAGCACGCAAUUGCCCUGCUGGCAUCCUACCCAGCAUGAGAUUCGGCCAGCAGCUCAAGAGCUCGCUCGUAAAGGGGUGGAUCUUCCACUACAUCAAUUACGACGACCUCAAGGAUGCCCUGCGCAAAGCAGCGCCCUGGGACGAGAAGGCCGAGCAGAUGUUUGUACAGAAGCUCGAGGGCGAAUUAGAUAAAGUGUACACUUUCCAGCAAGUCAAGAGCGAUGAGAUAAUCCGGCGCAUUGCGGCAUCAGAGAAAGAGGUCAAAGAUGUUGUGGCUAUGGCGGACGAGAACGGGGGGAGGAGUGCCGAUGAUAGCCCCACUGAGGAGGACUUUGAGCUGCUGGAGGAAGACCUGAGCGAUAUCAUUGCCGAGGUGCACGAUCUGGCUAAGUUCACGCAGCUCAACUACUCGGGCUUCCAGAAGAUCAUCAAGAAGCAUGAUAAACAAACCCGCUGGGUCCUCAAGCCCGUCUUCGCAGCCCGCCUCAAGCGCAAGCCCUUCUUCCAGGACAACUACGACGCCUUCAUCGUCAAGCUCUCUAGGCUGUACGACACGGUUCGAACCCGAGGCAGCCCCGUCAAAGGCGACUCCGCGGCUGGAGGCAAGCAGCAGAACUUCGUGCGCCAGACCACCAAAUACUGGGUGCAUCCAGACAACAUUACCGAGCUGAAGCUCAUCAUUCUCAAGCAUCUGCCGGUCCUAGUGUUCAACCCGAACAAGGAGUUUGCGCAGGAUGAUAGCGCUAUCACCUCGAUCUACUUUGAUAAUCCGAGCACGUGGGAGCUUUACCAGGGCCGGCUGAAGAAGACGGAGGGCGCUGAGGCCAUCCGUCUGCGGUGGUAUGGUGGCAUGCAGAGCGAGUCGAUCUUUGUAGAACGGAAAACCCAUCGGGAGGACUGGACUGGGGAAGAGUCUGUGAAGGCUCGAUUUAAGCUCAAGGAGAAGAACAUUAAUGCAUAUUUGCGUGGAGAACUGACUCCGGAGAAGGUGUUUGAGAAGGAGCGGAAAGAUGGCAAGAGGCCCGAAAAAGACAUCGCCUCAGACGAACGGCUUGCAAGGGAAAUCCAAUAUCGUGUCCUCACACGCCAUCUCGUCCCCGUGACCCGAUCCUUCUACCACCGCACCGCCUUCCAGCUCCCCGGCGACGCUCGAGUCCGAAUUUCACUCGACACUGAACUCACCAUGACGCGCGAAGACAACCUAGACGGCCGCCACCGUGCGGGAGACAACUGGCGCCGCAUGGACAUCGGCAUCGACUGGCCCUUCUCCCAGCUCCCCCCCGAAGACAUCGAGCGUUUCCCCUACGCCGUUCUCGAAGUCAAGCUCCAAACCCAAGCCGGCCAAGAACCCCCAGAAUGGAUCCGCGAACUCACCGCUUCCCACCUUGUCGAAGCUGUCCCCAAAUUCUCCAAAUAUAUCCACGGCACCGCAACACUGAAUCCUUCGCGAAUUAAACUCCUCCCGUAUUGGGCUCCACAAAUGGACGUCGAUAUCCGGAAAGCGGUGAGCCAUAAAUUUGGCAUCGAAAGACCGGGCGCAAGCAACGAUAUUAGCACGAGCGGGAACUUGGGCGACGAUAGCGAGGACGAAGACGCUACGAGCAGCCUACCCACCAUUGCUGGCCAUGAGGAAGACGAGGGGAUUCGGCGACUCCGUGAAGCUCGUGAUACCUUGGAACAACACAACAUCGAGCAACAGCGCGACUACGGCACUAUAACCAACGGACAAGGCCCCAAUGCCUUAGACAUCGAGGAACGGAUUUCCGCACCGCCUCUGCUGCAAGAUGAUUACCCGAUUUACGACUCAGAGAGUGAGGACGAGGAUCUGGAAGAGAUGAGGAGAGUGGGCGGAUGGUAUUAUAGAUCGAAGUUGAUUCAGCAGAAAGCCAAGGACUUUGGAAAAACUGUACUUGAGGUGGGGAAGAUGCUGAUACCGCGUCCUAGGCCAACGAAUGUGGCGGGUAAUGGAUCUAAUCUCGGGGUCCCGAAUUGGAAACAGCCGGGUGAAGUAAAGCGCUUCAAGGCGCCGAAGGGAAAACGCAUCCAUGUCCCCGUCCGCGUCGAACCCAAAGUCCACCUAGCCACCGAACGCACUUUUCUCUCCUGGCUGGAGUUCAGCAUCCUCCUCGGCUCCAUCGCCGCCACCCUCCUCAAUUUCGGCGACGACCUCGCUCUCGCUGCUGCAUGGGCGUUCACGAUUGUGGCAUGCUGUGCGCUGUUUUAUAGCGCCGGGUUGUAUUUGUGGAGGGUGAGGAUGAUCAGGAAAAGGAGGGCGGUUACGUAUCAUGAUCGUUGGGGACCGACGUUGCUUUGUUUGGGGUUGCUGGCCGCAGUGGGUGUGAGUUUUGGGUUUAGGAUUGCCGGAGGGGGUUGGAAGGGGGGGUUGAAGGGUUGAUGAGUGGAGGAGAGUAGUUGAUGAUCUGGGUGGAGUUCAUUGGCUAAGGGGUACGGGAAAUUGUAUCAUAGGCUAUUUUGGAUGUCCGUAUUGCAUUGCUCGCAUAGAAUCACG